GUCCUUAAAGUGGGGAGAGAAAAUGACUGAAAAAUAGUAUUAAUUGGAAUCUGUGCCAGGUUAAACUUGAAUGUCAAAAGAUUCCGUCACAUUUGGGAGAGGGGAUUCCAGAGUUUUUCGUUGUUUAAAAUCAUCGUCCAUUUGCUUCCUUCUUAUAUCUGUGUUUGAUUUUACUCCUGGAAGAACGAAACAUUCGAGAUUGGUAAAAUCUUUUCUGGAUUUUGAAGAUAAGACGCGAAGAGAUCGGCGAGAACAAAUCCCAGACAGUUUUCUGUUUUUAGAAAAGGGCUAAAGGAUGUUGGAAGGCAAAGCUUCGGUACAGGACACAGAUAUGCCUAGCAAGAUGCAGAUCCAAGCCAUGGACGCUGCGUCUAAAGCUCUGGAUCUCUAUGAUGUUUUCGAUUGCAAAUCCAUUGCUGCCCACAUAAAAAAGGAUUUUGACCACAGAUAUGGGAGCGGAUGGCAAUGUGUGGUGGGUUCAAAUUUUGGUUGUUUCUUCACCCACUCCAAGGGGUCUUUCAUCUACUUCAAACUGGGGACUCUCAACUUUCUCAUCUUCAAGGGGGUGACAUCCUCGCCCCAGUGAUUUGAGUUGUGUUUUCUCUAUAUAUGAAUCUCUAGAGAGCUUGGGAAGCUGGAAAGAGAGAGAGUAAAGGAAGGUGUUUUCCUUUUCUAUGGCUAGGUCAAUUCGAUUGGAAGGGAAAGAUCGAACCAAUGUAAGGGAGAUGAUAGGAAGUGUCCAAAUUACAUUAUGGGAUUGUUUGAAGGUUUAUGUUCAAAAUGCUUUUGAUGCUUUUGUGGGUAUACUCUGUAAAUAUUGAAAUCCCGGGGAGACACUUCUUAAUCCUAUUCGAAUAACUUUCAUUGUCC